AUGUCCAUGCUUGCUGCUCCACGUCGAAAACAAAAGUUAUCAGCAGAUCCAAGAGGAAAUAAUUGGAGUAAAGAUGGGUCUAAGUUUGGUCAGAAGAUGCUUGAAAAGUUUGGUUGGUCAAAUGGAAAAGGACUUGGAGCUAAUGAAGAUGGAAAUGUUGAGCAUGUGAAAAUUUCUUUGAAAAAUGACACCAGAGGUGUUGGAUGCUCCAAGAAUCAUGCAGAUAAUUGGAUAGCUCACCAGGAUGAUUUUAAUGACUUGUUGUCAAGUCUGAAUCAAAAUGGUUCUGACAAGGACAAUAAUGAUGAGGACAGUUCUGACAAGGUCACAGGGUUGGAGAAGAAAUCUAAAGCCUCACGAAGCAGAGUCCACUACCAAAAAUUCACUAAAGGGAAAGAUUUGUCAUCAAAAUCUCAGGAAGAUAUGGCUUGUAUAUUUGGAAGGCGUAAAAUUAAACAGGACACAUCAUCUGAGGAUGAUGGAAGUUCCUCAGAUUCUGAGAAUAAGAUGGAACAUGGAGUUAUCACUGUAAGGAGUACUGAUAGUGUACAGGAUUACUUUGCCAAGAAAAUGGCAGAAAAAAAGGCUGCACUGAAAUCUCCAAUCACUGAGAACCUGUCUCCUCCUGAGGUACAUUCUGAUACUGAAAUACCCAACAACCAGGGUGAAGAAAAGAAAUCUAAGAAAAAGAAAGUGAGAUUCAGUUUAGGUGAAGAGGAGGAUGUCGGUGUUGAUAUGUCAAAAACAAAGAAAAAGAAGAAGAAAAAGAAGAGUAAAGAAAAUGGGGAAAACAGGGAUGAAACAAUAAGUGACUGUACCGCAGAUUUAGAUCAGGUUCAAAGUUCUGAAAACUGUGAUAUCAAUGAUGGUAAGAGGAAAAGAAAACAUUUGUCAGAGUCAGAAGUUGACGUGGAAGUUGAAGUUGUAAAGAGUAAAAAACAAAAGAAAAGUAAAAGACAGAAAUAUACAGAUAAUGGAAACAAUAUGGACACAGAUGGAGCUAAUUCUAAUUCCUUAGAUAUUUUUGAGCAUGUGGAAAGUGAAACCAAGAUAUCAAUAGAAAAUCCGGAGAAACUUUUAUCCAAGAGCAAGGGUGAUUCUGAUGAUGACCACAAGUCAAAGAAAGUAAAGAAAAAUAAAAAGGCUAAACACUGUCAGUCUGAAGAAGAAAAUUCACAGCAAGUGCAGACAGGUUCUAGAAAUAGUGAUAUUCUCAUCGAAAAAGAGUCCUUGGGAGAGAAAACAUUUGAUUCUACAGAGAGUCCACCUGUUCAGGAAUCGGUGAAAUUUGAAAGAGACAUACCCAUAUCCAGCAGCAUUCAACGCAAAUUGGAAAGAAUUAGAAAAGCUAGGAUGAAAUACACACAGAUGCAGAUGUCAAGUGAAAGUAAGGAACCAUCAAAAUCUGAAACAAAGGUACAAAAAAAUAGGUGCACAAAGCACAAGUCUCAGAAAACACAAAAUCCUAGUGACGGCCAAAAAGCUCUGGAAUCUAAAACUAUUUCGUCAAAGAAAAGACAGCCGAAAACCAAAAAUAAUAAGAAAGCCCAGACAGCAAAAUCACGAUCUAGGAAGUCAAGUGACAACAGAAAGAUGUCGAAAUUGAAAAGGACAUCUGGAGAAUGUUAUAACCAACCAUCUAAACUUCAUAAAGAAGUGGUUGAGCAAUCUGAAACGAUUGUUACAGCUUUUCCAGGAUCAAACUGUAUUGAAUUGACAGGUUAUGGAGAAGGUUGUGGGAAGGAUCUGACAGACCAAAUUGUUAAAAAAUAAUAGUAGCAAAGAAAAAAGCUUUAAAAAUUGAAAAAAUAGACUAGAACUGGUUUUGGUCAAAAUUCAUACAAAAGGAAGAAAAGGUUUUAGCUUUGGGGUGGAUGUAUUGCUGUUAUGAACUGUUCCAAAGUAAUGAAUAGCUGCAAGCUAAGUGAUAGAAAUGAUUCAGUCCAGUUGGUCAAUGUUUGAUAGAGAGCAUAGUGAAAUAUGUGAACAUUUUAGAUUCCUUCUGUAUGAAAAACUUUCAAUUUUUAAAAUUUUUUCUUUCUUCCUUUUUUAAAAAGUACUAUGACAAAAAGUCUGAAGUUAGAGCUUUGUGUGGAAAAGGAAUGGAAAAUAUUCUGACUUUGGAAUACAUUGUGAGCUUUUCAUGAAAUUAAUCAUUCUAGGUUAUAAUAAAGAAAUUGACUCAGAUUUCAAAAAUGUUCUUUUCAAUACCCAGAUCUGGUAGAAUCAAACACUAUUCAUGGAUGGAAAGGUCUUCAGGUGCCUUAUUAUAUUUGUGAAUUUCAUUACUCCAGGAUCUCACUUUUCCCCCUUGGGAGGGGGUAAGUUUAAUAUAGU